UUUUUUUUUUUUUCUUUCUUUCUUUAAAAAUAAUAUGAAUGAGACACAGAAAUCACUGUCUAGAUCAACUUCUGUUGACAUGAAGCGUAAACUAGAACAAUUCAAUCCAACAAAAAAAAACGAAAAGAGUCCUCAAUAUCAUGAUGUAUGCGAUGCAUGUGGUGGUGUAGGUCAUUUUAUUUGUUGCGAUGGCUGUCCUAGUGUAUUUCAUUUUACUUGUGUUGAACCACCUUUGGAUACAAAAGAUGUAGCGAAAAAAGACAAGUGGUAUUGUCGUCAAUGUGAACAUCAACAACAAAAGACAAGAUCACAUCCUCGAGGAUUAUUUGCUCAAUUAUUAGAUGAUUUAAACACAAAGAAUCCAAAGGCAUAUCGACUACCGAAUGAUAUUGUUUAUUUCUUUCAAGGAGUGACAUCUGAUAAACUAGGGAGAUAUGUAGACACAACACAACAAAGCAAAAAAAGACCUUCUUCAUGGGAGAAUGACACUGUUAAAUCAAGAGAGAUUUGCUAUUAUUGUAGACAGACUGGAUUUAAGAAACCCAUGAUUGCCUGUGAUUAUUGUAGUCUGUAUUGGCAUCUAGACUGUCUUGAUCCUCCUAUGGCAUCUCCUUCCACUAAAAAAUGGCGCUGUCCUCAUCAUAUUGAAAACUUUAUUAAACCCCCACGACAACAAAGGCAUCAAACAGACAUCACCAUUACACAGCCAAUGCCUUCUUGCACAUAUCAAAACUAUCUAGAGCAUCUUAUAGAGGAAGAGAAGCCCUCUCUGGCCAACAAUCCAUCAGAAGACGUUAUUAUGAGUCGACAAGGAGUUGUGUAUCGAUUACCAAUAAAGCCCAUUCAAUUUGAUUUUAUCAAUUAUGUCAAACAAAAUCAAAUAUCAAAAGAAGAGAAUGAAGUAGGCAUCAUAGAAUAAGCAAAUAGAUCAUUUACACAUACUGAAUUAGUGGUUAUGUAACAUGGCUUGCUUUAAAGCAGGAAGACAAGAAGACAGUCAAGCAAGUAAAUUGAUGUAUGUAAGAUGGUAAAUUAAUUCCCUGUAGGCAUCUUCUUCUCCACCUGCUUCACCUGUGCCAACUCAUUUACAAAAGACAAUAGAUCUCGAAACAUAUGAAAAAUACCAACAGAUUGAAAGACUCUUAAAAGAGAAAGACAAUCAACACAUAAUGCGUCUAUUACAACAAUAAUAAACUUAAAAAUAAGCAACGGUAUGAAGAAUAGGGAAACCUGGAUUACGCAUUGAAAACUCUUCAAUAAUACCAUCCAUAUCAGCAUCAAUAUCAUUAGAAGCUUCAAUC